AUGUGUCUUCUUGAUGCCACCACCUAUGAUUGGAUAAUGGAGAAUGGAGAUAAAUCAUUAGUUAGUGGACUUGGUCAUCACAAGUCAAUCCAACCUCACACACACAUAUGGUCACUAUCAAUCAAUCAAACAUUUUGGAAGUUCAACAUACCACCAACAGUUGCCGACUCAAUUGGACCCUUGAGAGAGAUGCUCUUUCUUGGUUGUUUGAGUCCAGUACUCUUACGGGCCGUAUGCUUGGUGCGUACCAUUGUUCAAAUUAGU